UCUAAUAAGUUGAAUCCUUAACUUAUUAUUAUUCCUCAACUUUUUAAAGGAAGAGAAGCACAAUUUUCAUUGGCCUUCCUUCUUUCCUGGUCAAAAAGAGCCUCAAUAUUUUCCCUUUUUUAGUAUUGAAAAUGUGUGAUUGUUUCUUCUUCUAUUAAUUUCCGGAAGAAAACACCAAUCUGUUGUUGCGUGCCCCUAAAUCUUUCUUCUUCUAUUGGAAAAAAAGUUGAUUCUUUAUCCCAAAGUUAAGGUAAUUAACUGUUAGAUACUAUAUAGUCUGGCAACUAUUUUUUUUAGUGUCAAUGGCAAGUUCUUUGAGUACUGGUUUCUCUGUUUCUGUCCCCUGUUUCAAUUCCAGAGCCAAAGGGUCUGCUCAUCAUUGUUAUUCAAAUGGAAAUUUGCAACUUAAAGAUUUAACAUCUAGAGAAUUUCUAGGCAAAUCUUUGGAUGUAUCAGACCAUAGACAGGCACAAGUAGAAAUUUGUGUUGGCAGUGGUCAGGGAUGGUGGGAGAAGACACUUAAACCCAACAUGGUAGAGAUCAAUUCAGCACAACAACUUGUUGAUUCAUUGUUAAAGGCUGGUGAUAGAUUAGUCAUAAUUGACUUCUACUCUCCUGGCUGUGGAGGUUGCAAGACUUUACAUCCUAAGAUGUGUGAGCUAGCUGAAUCAAAUCCCAAUGCCAUAUUCCUAAAAGUAAACUAUGAAGAACUGAAAAGCAUGUGUAAUGUUCUUCAUAUACCUGUCUUGCCCUUCUUCAGAUUCUACAAGGGUGCACAAGGCAAAGUUUGUAGCUUCAGCUGUACUAAUGCAACAAUAAAGAAAUUUAAAGAUGCAGUAGCAAGGUAUGGGGAUGAAGGGUGUAGCUUCAGUCCAGCAAAAGGUCUUGAGGAAUCUGAGCUUUUAACUUUAGCCUCAAUUGGACAAAUAUCAAAAAAAUCAUCAUUUGAUUCCUCCAGUAUUCAGGAGUAGAUUCUUUAACCACUUUUAGCAAGUGAAAUCAGGAAAAAUGGUGGGACUAAUUUGUACAUUGUUAUAAAUUACAAGGCCGAGAAUCUAUCAAACCACUUCUCCACACUACAACGGCAAAGAUAAGAUCUGCAUACAUCUUACAGUUUCCUAACCUCACUUGUUAAGAUUAGUCUGAGUAUAUUGUUGUAGAUAAUAAUGUACAAUAGCAUUACUACAAGAUGUGAAGCUUUUUGAUAAAUAAUUAAACAAUCCAUCCAUUACAACUCAGUCUCAAACUAAUUGAAAAAAUAUAUUUACAUUAUCACUUAUUCAAAAUUUUGGACAACAUGUAUAAUCAAAAUGAUGAAAAUCCCCCGGCAUUGCAGAAACUGUGGAAAACACGUCUUUGAGAGUAACUAGAGGACCAUGAAUAGUCACCCAAUUUUUAGAGUGAUACAUCACUAAUCCUAAUAAAUUUGCUGCAACUUACUAAAAGAAUGCAUCAAGACUAACGAUGACUAGAUGAUUUAUCAUGGUAGUUUAACAGUUCAUCAAUUAUGAUCCAGCAGUCCAUCUGCAAGAAGAAAAUCCACCAAGAUAAAACCAAUGUAUCUGAUUAUUUUUGGUUAAAAAAAAGCCUUCAUCAUAUGUAAGAAAGUUUAUCACAUGUGACGCCACUGGAGCCCUACUUAUAAGAAGGCUUCAACAGAUAGCAACAUUCGAAUCUCCGUUCUUAAUUGACAAUCAUCAGGCUUAUACCAAAAAAAGGUACAAAUAGCUGCAAAAAGAUGAUAAUGGAGGAGGUAAAACAAUCCCACACAAGAGAGUAACAGAUCAAACUGAAA